UAAAGGCAUGCGCUUUAGCUUUUACGGAGUCGAGUUAGAAUUUAGAUGCUAGUCUCUAACCUCAAAUAUGUAACAAAAUGAUAACCAUCGAAUUUCUAAACUCCAUUAUCUUUGUUUAGUUAUUUAACCAAGCCAACUAUUACAAUUUUAUUCUCUCUUAUUCGAUUACCAGUGAUAUGGGUUUAUCUCAAUUGGGAAAUAAAGUCCACACUAUCAAAUUGGUGGUUUAUCAUGAUGUAUUAAAAUGAUGAUACAUUUCGUAACGAAACUGCAGGCCUUCUUCACUUUAUUAAUAAUCAUACUGUUAUGUACGAGUAUAUACAUUACGAUUAAUAAUACGAAAGCGGCAGAUAAAAGAGAUCUUGAUAACACUGUCGAAAAGACCUACCUUUUAAAGAAAGAGUUAGAGGAUGCGGCUGUACGUAUUAUGGAAUUGGAACAGAAGCUCGAAAGCUUAGAGUCGAGGGUACCAAGGAAGUAUGCAGAAGUGACGUUCUUAAAUUAUUUGAAGAAAAAGCGUAUUUUGAUAACUGGUGGUGCAGGAUUUGUUGGAUCUCAUCUUGUCGACACCUUAAUGCUACAGGGCCACGAAGUGAUUGUAGCCGACAACUUUUUUACAGGUAGAAAACAGAAUGUGGAACAGUGGAUCGGUCAUGAAAAUUUUGAGUUGAUACACCAUGACAUUGUAAACCCAUUGUUCAUAGAAGUUGACCAAAUAUACCAUUUGGCGAGUCCCGCCAGUCCACCUCACUACAUGCAGAAUCCUGUGAAAACGAUCAAAACAAAUACAUUAGGAACUAUAAAUAUGCUAGGACUGGCGAGAAGGGUAAAUGCGACCAUACUAAUCGCGAGUACGUCCGAGGUAUAUGGCGAUCCCGACAAGCAUCCCCAAGAGGAAUCGUAUUGGGGACAUGUAAAUCCCAUUGGACCAAGGGCAUGUUACGACGAAGGGAAAAGAGUGUCAGAAACGUUAACGUAUGCAUACGCAAAACAGGAGAAUAUGCAAGUGCGAGUUGCGAGAAUAUUUAACACCUACGGACCAAGAAUGCACAUGAAUGACGGAAGAGUCGUUUCCAACUUCAUCCUUCAGGCAUUGCAAGAUCACGAAAUUACUGUUUACGGAUAUGGCAACCAAACAAGAUCAUUUCAGUAUGUGUCAGAUUUAGUUGAUGGACUGAUGGCGUUAAUGGAAUCAAAUUACACCUUACCUGUUAAUAUAGGUAAUCCAGUUGAGCAUACAAUCAACGAAUUUGCAACAAUAAUAAAAGAAUUGGUUGGCGGCAAUAGUGAAAUAAAACAUGUCGCCCAAGUUGAGGACGAUCCCCAACGACGCAGGCCUGAUAUCUCGAGAGCGAAAAAAUUUUUGAACUGGGAACCAAAAGUCUCUCUAAAUAUAGGACUUCAUAAGACUGUCAAUUACUUCAAGAAAGAACUGAAACUGUUCAAACUGGUGCAUUGGAAUUCUCCGCGUGAUGCAUUGUGAUUGGUUGGAAACUAUUGAGUUUACCUAUUUAUGAAUAUUAUCUUAUGGCUUAUUUCUGGUAGAACUAAGUGUUGAUUAUGUUAAAUUUUAUUGUGUAUUAUAUGUCGAUAUUAUUGUUUGUGUCGUUUUUAAGGUUUGUAUUAAAUGUCCUCACACACAAGAAGUGAACACUAACAA